AUGGCUAAUACAAACCAAUGGCUAUUGAAAAGGGGAAUCUGGAUGAAAUCACUUCUUACUAGUUCUUGUGAAGAAGAUAAUGAUGGUCCAGUGGGGAAGACUUCAGAAUUAAGAACCAAGAAUAAAGAGGAUUCUCAAGAACCCCCACCACCAGUUUCACCAGCAAAAUCUAAGGGAAAGGCACCAAAAUUCAAGUUCACACUUAAAGGCCCAAAGAAAAGGGAGUCCUCCUCCACGGCCGUGCAACAAGAAUCACCUCAAGGGCCUGAUCAAACCGAGGAAGAAGAACAAGAACAAGAAGAGGGAGAAAUUCAUCAUGUUGGAGAAGAACAAGAACAACGGGAAAGUUCUACUCCUACUACCUCUCAAACAUCAUCACCUAUUCAUGUUGAGAUUCAUUCUAUUGACUCUGAUUCUAAUGAAUAA